AUGACGGGAAAAGGGAAGAAAUUACAUUCGAGAUUUGUGGGACCCUAUAAGGUUAUUCAACGCGUAGGGAGUGUAGCUUACAAGUUGGAAUUGCCUUUGAGUUUGUUCAGGAUUCAUAAUGUCUUCCAUGUCUCCAUGCUUAAGAAAUAUCAUCCCGACCUGUCUCAUGGGUUACGACCAGAAGAGGUAGAGAUUGAUGAGAAUUUGUCCUAUGAAGAAAGACCAGUAAAGAUUUUAGAUCCAAAAAUGAAGGAGUUAGGACGCAAGCAAAUCCCUCUAGUGAAGGUUUUAUGGAGAAACCAGGGAGUGGAGGAAGCGACUUGGGAAGUAGAAGAGGAGAUCCAGAAGAAAUAUCCAGAGUUGUUUCUGAAUCAAGGUGGUCACGAGGAUGCCGAAGAGCUCGUCUGA